GAGGCAAAAGGUUGCCUAAAAAAAUGAAGAUAAGCUGGUCUGCAUAUGACACAUUUGAGGCUAAUUUCAGGCCUUUAGUAGUGGUUGAGCUUGCAAAAGACACCAAAGAUGAAACUAAGGAAUGGCUGACACAAAAAAUUGUAGAGAAGAAGAAAAAUGGAGGAGCCCAGCUUUUGGUUAAACCAUUGGUGGAGCAUGAUAAAGAAGUAGAAGGAAACAAGAACAUAUAUCUUGUUGGCGCAUCUCAUUUGAGGCUGCUUCUAGGAGCUGAAUCUGUGGGAUUGGUGAAAGAAUGUAAUGAUAAUACAAUGAGAGCCUUUACGUAUACCACUAGAAAAACCUUCAAAAAUUUUGCAGAGGACAAUCAUGCUUUUCUUACAAUGGCAGAAUGCCAGUACAUCAUCAAACAUGAACUUGAAAACCUGAGAGCCAAAGAUGAAAAAAUGAUCCCUGGCUAUCCUCAGGCAAAACUUUAUCCUGGAAAGUCAAUUAUGCGAAGGCUAAUAACCAAUGGUAUUCUAAUUCAAUUUUUUCCACUUCAUGACACAGAUGAAUUAAAAAAACUUGGACACUCCUGGUAUGGACAAUUGAAAUUUAGCUACCAGCCUUUAGAUGAAAUUCGCUGCUAUUUUGGUGAAACUCUUGCUUUCUAUUUUGCAUUUUUGGAGUAUAUCACAUUUGCUUUGAUCCCAAUGGCUAUUAUUGGGAUUCCUUAUUAUAUAUUUGAUUGGGAAGAUUAUGACAAGUAUGUCCUGUUUGCAGGAUUCAAUCUGCUUUGGUCUACUGUUAUCCUUGAACUCUGGAAGCGGUGUUGUGCUGUUAUGGCCUACAGGUGGGGGACGCUAUUGAUGAAGCGACAGUUUGAGGAACCGAGACCAGGGUUUCAUGGGGUUUUGGGUAUCAAUCCUGUGACUGGGAGAGAGGAGCCAGUAUACUCUAGCUUUAAAAGACAGUUACGAAUUUAUUUAGUUUCGUUACCAUUUGUGUGCCUUUGCCUCUACCUCUCGCUUUACGUCAUGAUGAUUUACUUUGACUUGGAAUACCAGGCGCAUUUAUAUCAUGAAGAAAACCAAUCCGAAUUAAGCAGCUUGAUAUUAUAUGUGACCAGCAUAAUUUACGCUGUUGUGAUUGAAGUUCUAAACCGCAUCUAUAGAUAUGCAGCAGAGUUCUUAACAUCAUGGGAAAACCAUAGACUGGAGUCUUCAUAUCAAAAUCACUUAGUCCUGAAAGUCUUAGUGUUCAACUUUUUAAACUGCUUUGCCUCUUUAUUCUACAUUGCAUUUGUCAUGUUUGAUAUGAAACUUUUGAGACAGAGCUUGGCAACUUUGCUGAUAACUUCACAAAUCCUUAAUCAGUGUGUAGAAGCUGUACUGCCUUAUUGGCUUCAAAAGAGACGAAACAAGAGGGUAAAGAAAAAAGUUAAAGCACUAGAAACAGAUGCUGAUCAGUCUUUAUUUGAGCAAGUUAAUCUGGAAAAAGGAAUGGAUACCUAUUUGGGUACCUUUGAUGAUUAUUUGGAGUUGUUCUUACAGUUUGGCUAUGUGAGCCUUUUUUCAUGUGUCUAUCCUUUGGCGGCUGUUUUUGCAGUGCUAAACAACAUCACAGAGAUGUAUUCUGAUGCCUUAAAAAUGUGCAGGAUCUUUAAACGCCCAUUUUCAGAGCCCACUGCAAAUAUAGGUGUAUGGCAGCUGGCUUUUCAGACUAUGACUGUUAUAUCAGUAGUUACCAAUUGUGUCCUGAUUGGCAUGUCACCCCAAGUAAAUGCACUUUUCCCAGAGUCAAAAACUGAUCUUAUCCUGAUUGUGGUAUUGGCAGAGCAUUUAGCACUAGCUUUGAAGUUUCUUAUGUCAUAUGUAAUCGCUGAUAAACCACGGGAUAUUCAGACAAAGUUGGCAAGGCUAGAAUUUGAAUCUUUGGAGGCCCUCAAGCAGCAGCAAAUGAAGUUGGCAGCAGAGUCCAUGAAAGAAGAACUGAAUUAGGAUGAUAAAUUGAGCAGCUACAGAAGAAUAGUCUGCAAGUAUUAACAAGAAAUGCUUGACACUUGGUUCUUAUAUUCUAUGAUAGAGCAUUAUCUUGUCCUUAUUUAACAUUAAAAACCUCAUUGAAAGAAAACUUCCUUCUUUUAUUUCUGAAUACUAUACAGAAUGUAGAGCUUGACUAAAGCUUGACUGUAACUGCCAGACAUAGUUACAAUGUAUAGCCAUGAUUUUGAUAUGAAAGUGGAUGCAAAUAUUAAGGAUGCAAAUAUCAAGUCAUAAUCAUAAUCCUGAGCUGUAGCUUUUUAAAGAUUCUGGAAGUAGCAGUACUUAAUUCACAGCUUCAUAUUCCCAAUGGCAGUUAAACAAUUUUAUCUUCAUACUUGAAUAUUUAAUCAUCAUAUUUUUUUUGUAGACAGCUUAUUAGAUAGUUCCCUGCAUUUAAGAAGAAAUGAAUCUAAAUCUUGUUUACUCUAAAAUGUGAUGCAUAAAUUUGUCCCAUAGGACCAAUCCAGUAGAAGGGUUGUCUUUUUUUUAAUGUGUACUGUAAAAUGUAUGAGACUGUAUAUUACAUUAUUUUAACUUUAAAAUCUGUGCACUGUAGUCAAAUUAUUAAUUUUAAGGCACUGGAAAAGAAAGCAUUUGGCAUAAAGCAAAGCUCACUCAUCUUGAUCCAUACCCAUUGAGAUGUCUGUCUUAAAACCUGCUUGUGUAUUGUUUCUACUUAGCAUUAACUUCCACUUUGCUGGGUCAUUAAACAUAGGCUGUAUUAAAUAAUAGUUCCAUCUGACUAUCAAGAGAGCCAUUAAAACAUUUCA